AUGAGGUACAUUUGUCUGCUGCUCCUCGUUGUGGCUCUGGGCGAUGUGGGUUUUGCCACGCCCCGUCUGCGUAGCUCCGCAGAGCCAGCCAAGAUUCUGGAGUCGCUGAGCAAUAUCAGACAGAACAGCUUCCUCGACUGGAUCACCUCAAUCCUGGGGCCGGAGUACUCCGACUCCAGUGUCCCGGCCAAGAGGGAGUGCGCGUCCUGCGCCUGCGGUAACAUCAACACACGCCACCGCAUCGUCGGGGGCCAGGAGACGGAAGUGCACGAGUAUCCCUGGAUGGCAAUGCUGAUGUGGUUCGGCAGCUUCUACUGCGGCGCAUCGCUGGUCAAUGACCAGUACGCCGUGACCGCGGCGCACUGCGUCAACGGGUUCUACCACCGUCUGAUCACGGUCCGCCUGCUGGAGCACAAUCGAAUGGACAGCAAUGUGAAGAUCGUGGACAGGCGGGUGGCGCGUGUCUUCAUCCAUCCCGGCUACAGCACCCGCACCUUCGACAGCGACAUUGCCCUGAUUCGCUUCAGCGAGCCCGUGCGCCUAGGCAUCGACAUGCAUCCCGUCUGCCUGCCCACGCCCAGUGAGAACUAUGCCGGUCAAACGGCUGUCGUCACCGGCUGGGGCGCCCUGAGCGAGGGCGGUCCUGUCUCAGACACCCUGCAGGAAGUGGAGGUGCCCAUACUCACGCAACAGGAGUGCCGGGACAGCAACUACGGCGACAAAAUCACCGACAACAUGAUCUGUGCUGGAUUGGUGGAUCAGGGCGGCAAGGACUCCUGCCAGGGCGACAGCGGUGGACCCAUGCAUGUCCUGGGCGCCGGACAAGCCUAUCAACUGGCGGGCGUUGUGUCCUGGGGCGAGGGCUGUGCCAAACCCAAUUCCCCAGGCGUUUAUACUCGUGUGAGCAACUUCAACGAAUGGAUCGAGGAAAAUACCCGCGAUGCCUGCGCCUGUUCCCAGGCUGAAGAGCCGGCCGAACCAGUCUCCUCCACCAGUACCAGCGAGCAGCCUUUGGCAGAAUCGGAGAGCACCACAGCGGGCGGACAGGUCACUGAAGGUCCUGAAGUGGAGGAAGCUAAUAAAUUGAUCUAAGAUUACACGCUAUAUUUUCCACUUAUAUAUUACGAGUAA